UGCCCAGCAGGUGAGCUUUCUGCCUGCUAACAUACGUCCAUACUGUAGCUGGGGAUUGUACACAUUUUUUCCACUAAAGGAUUUGUUUUUUUACAUUCUGAUCAGUAGCAAAGAUAGUAUGGCAUGGAUAUUCUGAUAUCCAGUGAUCGGAAUCUCUCAGGAGGAAGUUCAGGAGUUGAAACAGAAACGAUAACAUCGACUACUACUAGACUGACAUCUUUGCCACCAAGGGGAGGUAGUGGGUCAGUGAAGAGCAUGAGCAGCAGCUAUGGAGGGGCCGGGCUGGAGAAGAACACCUUAUCCCAAACUAGCAGCAGCUAUUACACAUCCUCAUCAGUGGGUGUAAAUGCUGGCGGUUCGAGCUCAGGUGUCUACCUGGGACCAGAUUCCUCAAGUGAUGUAGCAGGCAGCGGAGCAGGAGGAGGAGGAUUU